CUCACACCCUGCGCUGCCCAGACCUGAGUGGAACCUUCUCGCGCGGCCUGGCCGCGCCCAGUCCUGAGAGGUACAAUGCUGUGGGGUGCAGGCAUCCCCCUGGCCUGGCUCUCCACUGGACCAGACAACAUGAAUAUGAGCAGCAUGGGCUCAGCAGAGGGUCCCACAGGCCCAGCUGCAUUGCUGCCCUCACCCAGGGCUUGGGAUGUGGUGCUAUGCAUCUCAGGCACCCUGGUGUCCUGUGAGAACGCGCUGGUGGUUGCUAUCAUUGUGGGCACUCCUGCCUUCCGUGCCCCCAUGUUUCUGCUUGUGGGCAGCCUGGCCGUCGCAGACCUGCUGGCAGGCCUGGGCCUGGUCCUGCACUUUGCUGCUGUCUUCUGCAUUGGCUCGGUAGAGAUGAGCCUGGUGCUGGUUGGUGUCCUGGCAAUGGCCUUUACUGCCAGUAUUGGCAGCCUACUGGCCAUCACUGUAGAUCGAUACCUUUCUCUGUACAAUGCCCUUACCUACUACUCAGAGACAACGGUGACGAGGACCUAUGUGAUGCUGGCCCUGGUGUGGGGGGGUGCACUGGGCCUGGGGCUGCUGCCUGUGCUGGCUUGGAACUGCUUGGACACCCGGGUCACAUGCGGUGUGGUGUAUCCACUCUCCAAGAACCAUCUGGUGGUCCUGGCUGUUGCCUUCUUCAUGGUGUUUGGCAUCAUGCUGCAACUCUAUGCCCAGAUCUGCCGCAUCGUCUGCCGCCAUGCCCAGCAGAUUGCUCUCCAGCGGCACCUCCUGCCUGCCUCCCACUACGUGGCCACCCGAAAGGGCAUUGCCACACUGGCUGUGGUGCUUGGCGCCUUUGCUGCCUGCUGGCUGCCCUUCACCGUCUACUGCCUGCUGGGUGAUGCCCACUCCCCAUCCCUCUACACCUAUCUCACCCUGCUCCCUGCCACCUACAACUCCAUGAUCAACCCCAUCAUCUACGCCUUCCGCAACCAGGAUGUGCAGAAAGUGCUGUGGGCCAUCUGCUGCUGUUGUUCCUCUUCCAAGAUCCCCUUCCGGUCACGUUCUCCCAGUGAUGUCUAGUCGCAAACUGGUGAACCUUCAACCCUGAUCACUACAGAAUUCCAGAAUGUUAGGUCCUCCAGGACUACAUUCCAACCUCCCCAGCUCCACACCCCAGAGACCCAGCUGGUUCUGGAGUUCUAGGACAUUGGGUGUUUCACACGAUUCUGUUCAGAUCCCUGCAGGGCCCAGCUGGCUCCAUGAUUCUAGAAUGUUCAGAUGAUCAGCGUUCCACUCAGAAAUGUCCCACUGCCCAGCUGGCUUGGAGUUUCAGAAUGCUGCUGGGUGUUUUCCUGUGCCAUUCAAGUUCCUGGGCUUCUCCCU